CGAGAUGUCUUCGCCGAGGCCAGAACAGCACAUAGUCCAUCACUUCAGCCAUAUCCAUCCACUAACGAAGGUUGACGGUAAUGGCGAGUUCACAUGCGGUGGCUGCAAAACUUUUGGCUUUGGGGAGACUUACCGUUGCUCCUGGUGCGACUACAAUCUUCACGAACACUGCGCUACGUGCCCUCCUACCCUCCUCAGCUUCAUGCAUCCACACCACGAGCUCCAACUAGUCUUUACAGGACCAGAGCAAACGCACCAUGAAAAACGUAUGUGCGAUAUCUGCCACGAACCAGCAGAGGGGCUCUUUUACCAAUGCCAUCCUUGCGGCUUCGACGUCCAUCCACUCUGCACACGGCUGCCUCAGCACGUGAGACACGUGCCUCACCCUGCCCAUCUCUUGGAAUUGAGUCACUGGGGUGCUAGCAGCACGUGCAUGGUUUGCAGCGGCGCAAUCCGCUCUUGGCGGUACAAGUGUGGACCAUGUGGGUUAGAUGUUCACAUGGAAUGUGUUAAUUCGUCGGUGUCAGAACCAACAAUUCAGCACAGGGGUUAUGGGUCACAACCGCAGUAUUAUCACCCUUCUCAGUAUCAUAACCAGCCUUAUUACAAUCACGGAUAUACAAAUCAUCAAGGUCACGUUCAAGAGUCUAGACCGAGUAUAGGAAGAAGAAUGUUUAGCGUUUUAAUGGCUUUAACCCUUGGGGUUUCCUGCAAUAUCAUCGCUGCGCCGGCCUCUGAGCACCUUAAUGGCUGCUUCUGAAAUGGCACGUCUCUAACGUGCUGCCAUCAUAUAUGCUUAUUUAUAUGUUCUUUGUGUUUGCUUUCUUUUUAAUAUUAAAAAAAAAAAUGUAAAAAAGCAUAUUCAAAAAGUACGUAUUUUCACC